AAAAUGCCUCAAAAUUAUCGCAUCCUUAGAUGACAACGAAGAAACGGCGGCCAAAAUGCCUUGUAUGAAGCAAUUACCUUGCUUCAAAAUGAGAACCAAAGAAGGGCAGGUAGAAGAUUUGGAAUAUGAAGUUGAGUCUGCUACCUUUUGUAUUGGAGCAGUUCAGGCAGGGAACUGGGAAAGGAAUAUUCAAUAUGCGAAUUUGGUGACGGAACGGAGUGUUUUAAGAGCUGAAAUAGAAAACUUGCGAGAUUUAAUUGAUAGUAUCUCUGUGCCAAAUGAAUAA